CAGCCAUUUCCAGCGACAGGAAGUGACAAGAAGAGCAUUGCAGAAGAUAGAGAAAUCGUUGCUUAGCCUGGCUCGCAACCUCGGGAUGUCAGACGACCAGACUGAUGUUCUUCGCGCCUCUGUGGACAAGUUCUUCUUCUGCGUGGAAAAGUUCGUCGUUACCACGGGAGACUUGGUUGAACGGCACCCUGUCCUGUUCUGGACGCUGCUCUUCUACGCGAUCACAUCGCUCAUCCCUGAAGCCUGGAUUUUACAUAGCCUCUUUGGCUUUGGUCCGUCUGGACCUGUGAAAGGAUCCCCGGCAGCGUUGGUCCAGCGCAUCUUCUGGGACGCGACCGUCAAAAAGGACAGCUGGUUCUCUACGUUGCAGUGCGCUGGCAUGAAAGGGACUUCUGCCCGCCAAAUGAUCGGCAGUAUCGCCGCUAAGCUCUAAGAUGAAGCUGGGGUACUGUUUCAACAAGCGCUGAAUUCGGAGACUCUUGUUCUGAUGCCAUACCUAUCGUUCUCGAUACGCAGACGAACUGAUCUCAUCAUGAGCAUCCUGUAUAAUAUACCGGCCCAGUAGCGCGUCAGGACCCACACCCACCCACUAGAUUUCGCGUAUCUUCAUAAUUUAUGAUCUCCAG